AUGCUAUUCUUAGCGACCGUGAUCGCUGUCAUCGUCGGCUUCGUUUGGCUUUUCUUCAAGUCACUCCCUUGGAUUCUCCGGACAUUUGCUGGAAUAACUCUUAGUUUUCAGUUUGAUGGAUGGAACUGCUUGAAAGAUGUUGCAUUACAUUUCAAGAAGGGCUCUAUUGAAUCUAUAUCUGUUGGAGAGUUUAAAGCCAACCUAAGCCAAUCUCUGGUUGAACUUUGUGCAAAGGCUUUCAUCCAAGACCCUAAAGUAAUAUUCUCAAUAUGUGACCUGAAAGUUGUAACUAGACCGCCUUCAAGCUCUAGCAAACGUCCCCGGAAAUCAAAAAAGCAAAAAUCGAAGUCUAGUGGUGGUGGCAAAGGGAAGUUGAUGCUACUCGCUAACAUCGGUAGAUUCUUUUCAGUUUCUAUGACCAAUAUUGUUGUGCAGACACCUAAAGCUAGAGCAGAGAUCAAGGAGCUUGAGCUUGAUUUAUCUAAGGACAGAGGAUCAUCGAACUUUUUCAUCAAACUCUACUUAUUGCCGAUAUCUGUACAGAUUGGUGAUGAACCGCAUGUUAUUUCCACGCAUCAUUCACCUGAGAUUAACAGUGACAUCAUUCAAACAUCUUCAGAAAUCGCAGAUGGCUCUUCUUCUUCUUCUCCGUCAUCUUUCCAUUGCGAAAAAGUUUCAUUCUCUUGUGAAUUUGGUCAUAACAGACAAUCAAGUUCAAGUAUAAAGAACGUCGAAGUAGAAAUAGCUGAUACUGUUUUAAACCUCAAUGAGAAGCUUUUGUUGAAAAAGAAAUCCUCCACUAGUGCUACUACUUCCACAAGUGAAGUGAUUGGAUCAACAGCUUCAGAGAAACCUCCAAAGCAACCAAUUAAUGUUUUGGUUGCAAAGCAUGCUUCAAAACUCCCUGACAAAGUAUCAUUUGAUUUGUCAAAGCUUGAUAUCAGAUUUACGCAUCAAGAAAAUGGUUUCUCUGUCGCGAAUAGCAUGACAGGGUUUCAGAUAAAAAUUUCCAAAUCUCAAUCAAAUGAUAAUGGCAAGGAAGAUCCAUCUCUUGAUGUUGUCAUGGAACUCCAAGAGAUCCAUCUUAUUAGAGAAUCUGAAGUUUCUGUCUUGGAGAUGUCAAAAGUCAGAGUUUCCUCCAAAGUGUAUAUUCCAAUGCAAGAAUCUUUACCUGUUAAAGCUGAGGUUGAGAUUAAGCUUGGAGUAAUAAUGUGCAACGUUAUAAUCACAAGAUUUGAGCCGUUAUUGCGUUUACACUUCUCCAAGAAGAAAAAAAUGGUUCUCAAAGAGGAAAAACCAAACGUUGCAAAACCAGAAUCUACUGGUUUCAAGGCUGUUGUAUGGAAAUGUGUUACUUCAGUCCCUGAUGUAACAAUUACGCUAUACAAUCUUGAAAGCUCUCCUAUAUACCAAUGUUGCUCAGAUUCGUUACUAGUCAAUGCAAAUAACAUGUCGAGUAGAGGAACAUGUGUGCAAAUGGAGCUUAAUGAGCUCAGUCUAUGCAUGGUUGAUGAACAUAGGGAACGUUUGAAAGAAAGUCUCUUUGGUUUAGAGUCAACUUCAGGUUCACUGAUCAGUAUAAGUAGAGUCAGAUUGGAGUCUGGCAAGAAAGUUGAGGAUGAUGGUUCUUACGGUAAAGAAACAAUGGGGGUCGACGUAUCAGAGAUCGCUCUGUUGUUCUCUUUCAAAAGCUUCGAAGCUCUUGUCGUAAACGCAAUGACAAUUCAAGGUUUCUUGAAAAGUUUAACCGGUGGUGGUAGUAGUAGUAACAAGAACGAGAAAAGUGCACAAAGAUCGAAGAAGCCAUCAUCGUCGGGUAAAGGGACAAGAUUCUUGAAACUCAACGUUGCACGUUUCUCACUAAACUUCGCUGGAGAUUCAAACCUAGACAAUACAGUCAUUGAUGAUCCUAAACGUGUGAACUACGGAUCACAAGGUGGAAGAGUUGUGAUUAGUGUUACAGCUGAUGGGUCACCAAGAACAGCUAGCGUGAUGUCUAAUAUCUCCAAGGAACAUGAGAAGUUGAGGUAUAUAAUCUCGUUGGAGUUGCUCAAAUUCGGUUUCACUCUAAACAAAGAGACUCAGUCUACACAAGUGGAGCUCGUGAACGCGAAAUCGGUUUACCAGGAGUUCUUGGACGAACCUCAUCCUGUUUCAAGAUUGACACUUUGUGACAUACACAACGCAAAGUUUGUUCGUCGAAACGGCGGUGGUGGUGUUAAGGAUGUUGCGAUUUGCUCGCUCUUCAGUGCCUCUACUAUAGCUGUGAGAUGGGAGCCUGAUGUUCAUAUAUCAAUGGUUGAGCUUGGCUUGCGUUUGAAGUCAUUGGUCUCAACGCAGAAACUUAAGCAACAAGGUAACAGAAAGCAAGAAGAUGUUUCCACUAAAGAAGAACAAACUACUACUACCGUUUCUUCGAGUUCUGUUGAUAAGCAGAAGAAGAAAGAGUCUAUAUUCGCUGUUGACGUAGAGAUGUUAAGCAUAUCUGCAGAAGCAGGGGAUGGUGUGGAAGCUGAGGUGCAGAUUCAAUCGAUUUUCUCUGAGAAUGUACGUAUCGGUGUGCUCUUGGAAGGGUUUAUACUUGGUUUUUGUGGAUGUAGGAUCUUCAAGAGUAGUCGUGUACAGAUAUCGCGAAUACCAAGUAUGUCUUCGACGUCUUCUUCUUCAUCAAAUGCAUCAGGAACACCAUGGGAUUGGGUUGUUCAAGGACUUGAUAUACAUAUAUGCAUGCCCUUUAGGCUACAGCUUCGUGCUAUUGAUGAUGCGGUUGAAGAAAUGCUUAGGGCUUUGAAGCUUGUAACAAACGCUAAAAAAGAACUCAUUUUACCUAUCAAAAAGGAAAGCUCCACAAGCUCCAAGAAGCCUGGAGGUUCGCCUAAAUUUGGACGUGUGAGAUUAUGUAUUCGCAAGUUAGUGUUUGACAUUGAGGAAGAGCCUCUACAAGGUUGGCUUGACCAGCAUUAUCAUCUUAUGAAGAAAGAAGCGCAUGAGUUAGCCGUUAGGUCCAAGUUUCUUGAUGAAUUGGUUUCUAGUGGAAACAAGGUUGCUAAAGAUGGAGAAGAUGAGUCAGAUGUUGGCGAGAAGAAGAUUUCUUUCGAGGGAGAAGAAGUUGACAUGCAAGAUCCUGAAAUUAUCAAGAAGAUUCAUGAAAAGUUACAUAAGCAAUCGUUUGAGUCGUAUUACAGAUCUUGUCAAGGUUUACGACAUGGUGAUGGUUCGGGUGCUUGUAAAGAAGGGUUUCAAGCUGGUUUUAAGAUGAGCUCUACAAGGACAUCUCUUCUCUCGGUUUCUGUGACCGAUCUUGACCUAAGUGUUACAGCUAUUGCUGGUGGUGAAGCUGGGAUGUUAGAGAUUGUGAAGAAUCUUGAUCCCAUUUGUCAAGAACAAGAGAUACCUUUUUCACGUGUUUUUGGAUGCAAUCUUAGGUUAAACACUGGUACUCUUGCUGUUCAAAUCAGAGACUACACGUUCCCUCUUCUCUCAACAACUUUAGGUAAAUGCGAAGGCCGUCUUGUGUUGGCUCAACAGGCAACAGCAUUCCAGCCUCAAGUAAGCCAUGAGGUGUACAUAGGUAGAUGGAGAAAAGUGCAGAUGCUACGUUCAGCUGGUGGAACAACACCUGGUAUGAAAACAUACAUGGAGCUACCACUAAGUUUCCAGAAAGGAGAGAUCUCUUUUGGGAUUGGAUAUGAGCCAGUUCUUGCUGAUAUAAGCUAUGCUUUCACUGUGGCUCUACGUAGAGCUAAUCUAAGUCUCAAGGGUCCUGGUCUUAUUAUGCCUCCUAAAAAGGAGAAAAGUUUGCCAUGGUGGGAUGAAAUGAGAAACUACGUCCAUGGGAACAUAACAUUGUCUUUCUCCGAGACUAAAUGGUUUGUUCUUGCUUCUCCUGAUCCUUACGAAAAGCUUGACAAGCUUGAAAUGAACUCUGCUGCUGUUGAAAUCCAGCAAACGGAUGGUCGAAUACACUUCUCUGCUGAUCAGAUCAAGAUUUACAUGAGCAGUUUCGAAAGUUUGGCUAGACGGUAUCCAAAAUCACUAGCGUGUCCACCAAGUUACCCUUUUCUUGAAGUCCCACGUUUCAGUCUUGAAGUCCGGAUGGAUUGGGAAUGCGAGUCCAAGAACCCGUUUAAUCAUUAUCUUUACGCUUUACCGGUCGAAGGAAAAGCUCGUGACAAGAUCUAUGAUCCUUUCAGGUCUACUUCUCUCUCACUACGCUUUGACUUCUCCUUAAGACCCGAGAGACAUCACAACACAUCUGCUGAUCAAAAAGCUGAAGUUGGAUCUGAGUCUAAGCCUAAGAAACCGUCUGUUUCGCCACCUACGAUAAACGUUGGUGCUCAUGAUAUGGCAUGGUUGAUCAGAUUCUGGAACAUGAACUAUCUUCCUCCUUACAAGCUCCGAACAUUCUCUCGGUGGCCUCGGUUUGGAGUUCCAAGAAUCCCAAGAUCAGGUAACUUGUCACUAGACAGAGUGAUGACAGAGUAUUUUCUCCGAGCAGAUGUUGCACCGAUCUGUAUAAAGCAUAUAACAUUGGAUCUUGAUAACCCUGCAAGAGGCUUGACGUUUAACAUGACCAAGCUGAAAUAUGAAAUGUGCUUCAGCAGAGGCAACCAAGAUUUCACUUUCGACUGCAAGCGCGAAACUCUUGAUCCUGUGUACCAAGGAAUAGAUCUCCACGUGCCUAAAGCUUUUAUCAAAAGAGAGCAAGAACAUUGCUCAUCAAAGCCUGUGCAGAUGAUGAGAACAAGCUCACAAUCUGGAUCAACCGAGAGAGUUGCUCCUGAGAAGCAUCCGGACGACGGGUUUCUGUUUUCUUCUGAUUACUUCACAAUCAGGAGACAAGCUCCUAAGGCUGAUCCUGAGAGGCUUAUGGUGUGGAAAGAAGAAGGGAAAAUUUACCGUGAGAAAGUAGAUGCAAAGACUACAAAUGAGAAAGAAAGUGAAAAUGAAGAGAAUUCACAUUCUGAUCCUAGUGAUGAUGAUGGUGAUGAUGGGUAUGGUGUUGUGAUAGCUGAUAACUGUCAGAGGAUAUUCGUUUAUGGACUGAAACUGCUUUGGAACAUUGAGAACAGAGAUGCUGUUAUGUCUUUCUUUGGUGGGAUGUCUAAAGCAUUUCAACCUCCUAAGCCUUCUCCAUCACGUCUGUAUGCUCAGAGAAAGUUGCUUGAAGGAAACCAGAAGCUCUCUGAAUCAGAAGCUCCUCAAGAUGACACAACAAGCAAUAAUGGAAGUGUCACUUCACAAACUAAGGAACCUGCGGAAGUUUCUUCACCUUCAUCAUCAGAACCAAUCAAAACAGAGAACUUUGCAUCUUUCCCACUUGGAGCCACAAAUGGUUCAGAGGAAGAAGGAACUCGGCAUUUUAUGGUGAAUGUUAUUGAGCCACAGUUUAAUCUCCACUCAGAAGAUGUAAAUGGUAGGUUUUUGCUCGCUGCGGUUAGUGGCCGUGUUUUAGCAAGAUCGUUUCACUCUGUUGUUCAUGUCGGGUACGAAAUGAUUGAGAAGGCAGCUCAGAAUGAACAUGAUCAUCAAAGCCCUGAAAAUGGCACUGACAUGACAUGGACACGCAUGGAAGUGUCAAUGAUGUUGGAACAUGUACAAGCUCAUGUUGCACCUACAGAUGUUGAUCCAGGAGCUGGUGUGCAAUGGCUGCCAAAGAUUAGACGAAGCUCUCCAAAGGCGAAACGUACAGGUGCAUUGCUCGAAAGGGUUUUUAUGCCGUGUGACAUGUAUUUUCAAUACACUAGGCACAAAGGUGUGACUCCUGACCUAAAGGUGAAGCCAUUGAAAGAGCUUACUUUCAAUUCUCGUAAUAUUACAGCAUCGAUGACAUCACGUCAGUUUCAAGUUAUGUUGGAUGUUUUGUCUAAUCUUUUGUUUGCAAGGUUACCAAAGCCUCAGAACGACACUUUCAAACUUUCUGGUGAAGAAGAUGAUGAAGUUGAAGAAGAAAUCGAUGAGGUAGUGCCUGAUGGAGUUGAGGAAGUGGAACUUGCGAAAGUCGAACUUGAGCACAAAGAGAGAGAUAGGAUGUUGCUUCUUGAUGAUAUUAGGAAACUGACACAGAACGAGAGUAACUCAGGAAACACAAAUCUCGAAAAGGAAACGGAGGUUUUGUGGAUGAUCACCGGAGGGAGGCCAAUCUUGGUGGAUGGAUUGAGGAAAGCGUAUAUUGACGUGCGACAAUCUCGGAAGACAGCUUAUACCGCACUGAGGAUUUCUGUGAAGAAUGCUGCAGAGCUGAGGCUGUUGGAGAAAGAUAAGAACAAAAGACCAUCUUCUGCUAUGCGCAUUUCGUUACAGAUCAACAAAGUCGUAUGGUCUAUGCUUUUAGAUGGCAAAACAUUCUCCGAGGUUGAGAUAGACAAUAUGAUUUAUGAUUUUAACCGGGACUACAGAGAUAUUGGGAUUGCUCAAUUCACAACAAGAUACUUUGUCCUAAGAAACUGUCUGCCUAAUGCCAAGUCUGAUACUGUUUUGUCAGCUUGGAACCCUCCUCCAGAGUGGGGCAAGAAAGUGAUGUUACAGGUAGAUGCAAGACAAGGUAUCCCAAAAGAUGGACAAGCUCCUUAUGAACUUUUCCAGGCAAGUCAUUCUUCUAUCUUAAAUGUCGAAAUCUAUCCUCUAAAAAUCCAUUUGACAGAAGCAAUGUACACAAUGAUGUGGGAGUAUAUCUUCCCUGGAGAAGAACAACAUUCACAAAGAAGAGAGGAGGUUUGGAAGGUGUCGACAACCGCAGGAUCAAGACGAGUUAGGAAAGCUUCAUUUGCACAAGAAGCAGCAGCAUUGCUCUCUGCAACUGAUCUAAGCCAGGGUUCAAAGAAUCAAAACCCGAAGUCAAGCUCGCUCCGGGGUUCAGGACCAGAACUUAGAAGAACAUCUUCUUUUGACAGAACAUGGGAGGAGACGGUGGCAGAGUCUGUAGCUAAUGAGCUUGUUUUAUCUUCCAUGGAGCAUCAGAGUGAAUCUUCGAAAAACAAGCUGAAAGAUUCAAAAACUACAAAGGCUGGUCGUUCUGUUCAUGAAGAGAAAAAGACAGAAAAGUCAUUGGAAGACAAGAAAUCGAGACCUCAGAAGUUAAUGCAAUUCCAAACCAUCAAGAUUAGUCAGGUGGAAUUGUUGAUCACUUACGAAGGAUCAAGAUUUGUUGUGAACGAUAUGAAGCUGUUGAUGGACACAUUUCAUCGUGUUGAAUUCAGUGGAACAUGGAGGAGACUCUUCUCUCGAGUUAAGAAACAUAUAAUAUGGGGAGUGCUUAAGUCAGUAACAGGAAUGCAAAUGAAGAAGUUCAAAGACAAGACUCAUGUUCCAAAAGAUGAGAUUGGCUUGAGAGACAAAGACGAACCUGGAAGACCAGAUCAAGAUCCAGGGGCAUGGGUGAAGCGUCCAGGCGACAAUGCAGGUGAUGGAUUUGUGACAUCCAUUAGAGGUAUCUUCAAUACUCAAAGACGAAAGGCCAAGAAGUUUGUGCUUAGGACGAUGAGAGGUGAACAAGAAGAUAGCUUUCCAGGGGAGUGGAGUGAUAACGAAUCAGAUUUCUCUCCUUUUGCAAGACAGUUGACGAUUACUAAAGCUAAGAAACUCAUCAGGCGUCACUCUAAGAAGUUCCAAAAUCAAAACACUACUAAAGGUUCUAAGAAGCUACAGCUCUCACCAACUCUGUCUCCUCCUAAGGAAGAAGAUCGAUACGAAAGCGACUCAUCUAGUGGAUCUUCUGCUUAUGAAGAGUUUCUUGACCAGAAUCAGAUUUAA